AUGCAGGCGCGCCACAACCUUACCGAGGAGCAAGUCAAGGACUACAAGGCAGUCUUUUCCGUAUGGGACCGCGAUAACACCGGCGGCAUCGAUGCCGAGGAGUUUCGCAUCGCCAUGAAGUCCCUGGGCCUCAACCCCAGCAUCGAAGAGGUCAAGGAGCUCAUGAGGGAAGUCGACCCCAAGGGCAAGGGCGACAUCAGCCUCGACGAAUUCCUCGACCUGAUGAGCGAGGCCCCCGCGACGUCGAGCAAGGCCGCGGACCCCAACAGAGAGCUCACCGCCGCCUUCAAGGUGUUCGACAAGGACAACAGCGGCUCCGUCUCGCCGUCAGAGCUGCGCCAGGUGCUGCUCUCUCUCGGUCAGCGCGCCACCGACGAGGAGAUUGAGGAGAUGAUCAGGCACGCCGAUCUGGACGGCAACGGUUCCAUUGACUACCAGGAAUUCGUCCAGCUCAUGGCCCCGAAGGACACCAAGGCGUAG